AUUUCACCCAAUUAACAAAUCUCAAUUCAGUUUACCAUGUCCAAAAUCGCAUCUACAUUUUCGCGCCUGGUGCGCUUUGUCCCCAGAUCCAACCGCUCUAGCAUCCUCAUCGGAGAGCCGGUAGAUCCCAAGCUGGACGUUGGGUUGGCUCUUUACCAGGGCAAGGAUGUUCCUGUUCACCCAUUCUCGGGGAAGUCUGUUCUCAGCCCGGGACAGAGAACUGAGAAGACCGAGAUCAUUGAACGGCUCUUGUCUCCGCUGGCUCAGAAUGAAGUUGGAUCUAUUCGGUGUAUCGGGUUGAACUAUGUCUCCCACGCCGCAGAAAUGAAACUCUCCAUCCCCGACGUCCCAACCUUAUUCAUUAAACCAUCCACCUCGCUCGCAGAUCCAUGGCCGGCUCCCACGAUCCUCCCCAGAAUCACUCAACAGGACAAUACGGGCGACUACGAAUCCGAAAUGGUCAUUGUCAUUGGCCGCGACGCAAAGGAUGUCAGCGAGGAAGAGGCACUGGAUUACGUGCUGGGUUACACGGCUUCGAAUGACAUCUCCAGCCGGACGUCGCAAAUGAACCAGAGUCAAUGGUGUUUUUCGAAGGGGUUUGACACUGCUUGUCCUAUUGGCCCUGUCAUCGUCUCUGCAGCGCAGUUCCCUGACGCCAGCCAAUUCAAGAUCCGUGGCCUGAAGAACGCCCAGGUCCUCCAGGACUGUCCAUUGACGUGUGCCCUCCCUUCCAAUCCCUCUAUACUCUCUACGGAAGCUAAAAACGAAAACAGCGACCUCAUCUUCAGCGUCCCGAAGCUCAUCAGCUUCCUAUCACAAGGCACAACCCUGCCCGCCGGAACGAUCAUCCUCACUGGUACUCCGCCCGGUGUUGGAGCUGCGAAGGAUCCGAAGGAGUUCUUGAAGGCUGGGGAUGAGUUUGCGGUGGAGUUGCUGCCACAUGUUGGAACAUUGAUUACAAAGUUCAAGAAUCAGCAGUAAUAAAUGUCGAUUGUAUUGUAUACCCGUGCUAGAUUAUACGAUUGCAUUAUCAGGGUG